AUGGGAAGGAAGUCUAAUAAGCGGGGGAGUGGAAAAUCAAACAAGGCCAAAAGCAACAAUGAUGCAGCAGAUAAGCCACCUGCGCCAUCGGCAGAUAAGCAGCCAUCGAAAGCCAAGUCUCUUUACUCGAUCUACAAAUACUGUACCGAUACAGUGAUUGACUGGGGCAGGACCACCUACGAGAAGCUCAAAGGAGGAAAGCUGCCACGAGCUCCCAGUUUAUCUGUUGUGGUACUGGAGUGCCUUGCCUAUGUUUUGGAGAGGAAUGUGCCCAUGCCCGACUCUGUUUUGGAAGAUUUGCGAACCGCUAUCAACUAUCGCAAGAGAGUUGGAGAGUUUUACAGAUCGAUUCCAUCUGCCAGCGAGGAGAGCUAUGCUCAGCACCAAUGGUUGAUUGUCCAAUUAGAACUUUUAGAGCAACAAUUUGCCAACAUCAACGAGAACAAAAAGCAGCCAAAGAAAAAAUCAGAAAAAUCAGCCAAAACAGUGAGCCCCCAAAAUAUGAAUGAGCAGCUGGGCUUCCAGCUCUUAUCCCUUAGUGAUGAGGAAGACGAAGCAGCGGAGGCAGAUGCCAGUAGCGGCGAGAAGAAACCAAGGAGAAAAGUCAAAGAAGAAGCUCCAACAGACGAGGAAUUGGAAGCUGAGGAACGAACCUUUGCCAUUUCACUGGUUUUGACCGAGAUAUCUGAAGCUAGAGAAGAUUUGAAGGAAUUGUGGAGGCAAUGGGCAUCCAAAAAAGCGACCGGGAACGAAGAUGCGGCAGCUGAACUUCUUGGGGUGACUGCUUGCACAGAAUAUACUGUGUACGCUAUCUCCAAGUUUUUUGAUCUCUCCACAGUGGAAUACCCAUCUUUCUUUGAGUCAUUCAAUCUUCAGGUGUUGGCAGAAUCCAUUCGAGAGAAUCAGGAAACACCUCGUGAACUGAGAGCCGGUGAAUGUGUUACAAUACGAAAAUUGGAGAAACGGCCUGAGCUCAAUGGGAAAAGUGGGAAAAUAACAAAAGAGCUGGAUGGAAGAUUUGGAGUUGCGAUGUUUCCCGACGAUUGUUACGAGCAGAAUGCUAAGCAACCGAUCCUCUCGAUCAAGGCAGAAAACCUUCUGAGGUCCAACAAUCCGUUCAUUUGUCUCGCUCAAAUUGAAAAGGCUCUCGAAUCGUUUUCUUUUGAUGCGUGUCCUCCACAUCCCGAAUGGCAGGGUAACUCACAAGUGCCACCCGAGUUGCACAAAACUAACUUGACGAUGUUGUCUAGAUGUUGGCAGUUUGAAAAAGCUCUCGAGAAUGGGGAUUUUGGCGGCUUCUUACAGUUGGUGGUUAAGUACAUACUGCCAAUUUGGGUCACAUUCGCCAGAUACUGUCUUAAUUCUGGAGCUGCCGAUACGGUGCUGACGGCAUACUUGCGAGAGUUCGCAGAGACGCGACAAAUCAGAUUUCAUUUGUCGUUGGCGAUCAUGGUUGCAAUAGAUGGUGCUUUUGUUUCGGCCGAGGUUGACCAACACAGUUCAGGACGCGCAAGGGAUCUUUACAAAGAAAUCCUUAGCAAGGUUUACCAGCUGGACACUUACAAGCGUGCCUUUGAAAUCAUCAAUCGAAAGAAAUUGAACAAGGCUAUGAAUUGCUCUCACUACGUCACCUACUACGAAACCACACGGCAUUACCAGCAUACAUUCCAUCCGAUGUGCUUGUACUUCCCUUGGUUCAGUGGGGAAAUGUUGCAGUCAGGUCUUCGUCUCCAUCUCCUGUGCGGCAUAGGCUUCGCGUUCAAGUUCUGCCAAACAUACACUGUCAUGAUCCAUUUGUAUUGGAUGCUACGCACUCAAGGAUACCUCGGACGAAUAAACGAAAUUGAGGCAGCAUUCAUUCGAGUGUAUCGGCAGCAGGUGUGGUUUCGCGGUGGGAUACCUCAAAAGGGAAGUGGAACGUAUCUGAAGUCGUGGCAGCUUGCAAUUGGCAUGAAUGUACACGGAGCGAGACUACUGGGUGGUCAGCCAAAUGCAAGAUCUGUGGGGAUUCGUGCCGCGCAAGCUUUUGACAGGACUGGGCAUUCUAUCACUGAGAUUUCACAGCUCCAGGCAAUCUUGCAGUGGAAAAGCAUGCCAAUCAGCAAUAGGAAGGCUUGCUACGAACAGAUUCAACAAAUCGCAAGGGAGGAAUACCUUUAUGUAUUUACUGCCCCGUUGAUGAGUGCAUGUUGCAAUCUCUCCGAUCUUUUCGAUUCCCUUGGUAAGGUCUACGCGAACACCGCUCAAUCCGCUUGUCUCAGAAUGCUUUUGAAUUUCGCAAGCGUAUCUAGAGAGCUGAACUUGAAUGAUACCAGUGUGGUUUGUUUCUGGGGGCUUUCAUUGGCGGACAACCGUGCGUUGAACAAGGACGAGAAGAAGAUUGGUCUGUCUAUGCUGGCAAAGAGCUUCAAGGACGUUUUCGAGGAAGAUCCAGGGGAGGACAAAGGAAUUCCCACGCUCACAUUCAAUCCAAAUGAUCAUGAAGUUGAUCCAUCGCUGUGGGGGCUCCGAGGUGUCUUUCAUCCUGGGUUCCAACUCGUGCCAGGCGGUUACGCCUAUGGAUCUUUCAAUCCAACUGCUCCAACCUGA